AUGCAGCUCCUUAAUACUGCAAACGGACUUUUGAAAGAAGAUAAGUCUUCUGCGGAUAGAAAUCUCAAGGCAAGAACAUAUGCAGUCAUCCCACUCAGCGACCAUUCUGGAAUGAUUCAGUGGGUCAAUGAUGCUACACCAAUGUUCGCUCUAUAUAAAAGAUGGCAGAAGCGGGAGCAUACUACACAAAUGAUAUUAACUAACGAAAAACUCGAUGAAUCCGAAGAUGGAUUACGUGUUACAGCAAAUCGAAGACACUGGCCAAAGCAUAUCUUAAAGAAAGCCUAUAUGAGACUUGUAAAAGAAACGCCCGAAAGCCUGCUAUCUAAAGAACUUUGGUGUACAAGCUCUAGCUCAACUGAAUGGCUGUCAAAGAGUGUAUCAUUUUCCCGCUCUCUAGCAGUAAUGUCAAUUAUUGGAUACAUCAUUGGUCUCGGUGACAGACAUUUAGACAACAUUAUGGUGGACUACCAAUCAGCUGAAGUCAUACAUAUUGAUUAUAACGUAUGCUUCGAAAAAGGUAUGCGACUACGAGUUCCCGAACUUGUUCCCUAUCGCCUUUCCCAAAAUCUGUACAAUGCCCUUGGAAUCGCUGGAGCCGACGGCGUUUUCCGAAUAGCUGCAGAAGAGACUUUGCGUGUGCUCCGUAAACACAAGGAAGUGUUUAUUACUUUGCUCGAUGCUUUUGUUUAUGAUCCUCUUGUCGACUGGGAAAGUGAAGCUGAAGAGAUGCAAGAACGCCAGAUACUUGAAAUCCAGGCAAAUCUUGGUCUUAUUGCCGCUCGUCUAAGUAAGUAA